AUGUCGUCGCAGAUUCCGUCCAUCUCGGCUCCCAAGCCUUACAAGAUCGUCUACUCGGACGAUGAGGUCAAGGACCUUCGCGAGCGUCUCACCAAGACACGUCUCCCAGUGGCACCCUACCUUCCCGAGGAUGCACGCAAACCCAUGAAGCUGGUCUACAAGCCGGAUCUGCCUCUGGUCAAGGAAUUGGUCGACAAGUGGGCCGCCUACGACUUUGACGCCUUUCAGCAGCGCGUCAACAGCUUCCCUCACUUCACCACCUCGGUCGACUGGUGUACGCAGCUCCACUUUGUGCACAAGCGAUCCGAGCGAGCGGAUGCGAUCCCCAUCAUGCUCAUCCACGGCUGGCCGGGUAGUUGGUUUGAGUUCGCCCAUGUCAUCGACGACCUUGCCAAUCCGUCCAACGCGGAUGCACCGGCGUUCCACGUGGUCGUCGCCUCGCUGCCGGGCUUCAUGGACUCGACCCCUCCGCCGAGCAACAAGCCCGGCAUCGGCGAUGUGCGCGGCUACACCCGUAUCCUGGACGCACUCAUGCGCGGGCUGGGCUACGACAAGUAUGCCUCGCAAGGCGGCGAUUGGGGCAGCCCGCACGCCCGUGCCCUCGGCGUCUUCCACUCGCACAAGGACGGAACCGGCUGUCGCGCCGUCCAUCUCAACUUCUGCCCCGUCGCCGCGAAAGGCUUUAGCAAGUUCAUGCUCGAUUCUCUCCCCUACAAGCUCACGCUCGGCAUCGCAAAGCUCGUCUAUGGCCAAGAGUACCUCAUGAUGGCAGCGAAAGGGAUCUAUUUCGAGCAGAACCGCGCGUACUACGAUGUGCAGCGGACACGACCGGUGCAGCUGCUGUACGGGCUUGUCGACUCGCCUGUUGGGCUGCUGGGUUGGUUGGGAAACAUCUACGAUACCCUGACCGAACGCAACCCGGACCAUCCAAGACUCAACAUGGAUGCGUGUUUGGAAAUCGCCACGCUCUUCUGGUUCACAAAGUCAAUCGGGACGAGCUUCAUUCCGUACACGAACAACAUGUUCCUGCCGGAGAUCCACGGUGCCGCGGAGUACAAGCUGCCCGUGCCCCUGGGAUACUCGGAUUACCCAGAUGAGCUGGUCAACACGCCCAAGUUCGUGGUGGAUGCGACGACCACGAGCGGCAAGACGAGAUGGAUCGGGAAAAGUCCCAAGGGAGGCCACUUUGCUGCGCACGAGGAGCCCACCAUCUUUGUCAACCAUCUCAGGAAUGCGUUUGCAAAGGGUGGGAAGGGCAAGUGGGAGGGUGAAGAUGAGGGGAUCCAGUCGGCACAGAUCGUCGGUGGCUUGUGGGACGAGGUGAGAGAUCAGGAGGCGAGAGCUAGCAAGAUCUGA